AUGCUGGGUGUGUUGCAUCUCGCAUGCCCACAAUUUCUUCAACAGAGUUUACACCAAGAAAGCUUCAGCAAGGACCCCAGCGUGGCGGUUCCGCCUACCGCGAUGGGGUACUUUACUCGGUCCUCCGUCCGCCGGGGCAAUUCUCAACCCGCGGAACCCGUGAAGCCUCGCAAGCUUCAGAAGAAGAACCCGCGUUCGACACGCGCCGAAACGACUCCGCCGGGCAAUGCGCCCGUGAACCCGCCCGUCGCGCAGUCUCUCCAGACUGCAUGGGAAGAACCAGCCCGUGCACGCGCGCGCCCAACCUGGGCGGACCCCGUCAGCUUCUCCACGCCCGUGGAGAAUACAACCCUCAAGACCAUGAAGCCGAUCGGCCAGUAUCCGACGGCUGCGGAUUACAAGAGCGUGGGGCUCACUCCCCCCGUCAAGAAUGCCGCCAAGCUGAAGAAGCUGGCGACGGCGCAUGUCGACAUCGGUGGUGGCAACACCACCGAUACGCCUAUCACUCCGGUCGCGGAUGAAGCGACACCGCGUGCCGUCGACGACGGCGAUGACCCCAUGAAGAUGGUAGUGAGCAUGGACGAUGCGCUGGACACAAAUCUUGCAACCCCCGUUUCUGAGGCCGUUGGAGCCCAGACUACAAACGCUUCAAUUUCCCUCAUCGGCUCCCCAGUUGACGGCGCUCUAGAUGGAACCAUGUCUGACCCAGCCUUGACUGCCCCCCAUACACAACUCACUGUGCUCAACAGUGAAACCCCUUUGGGCGGAGCUCAUACGCCUCCUGCCACGGCGGUGAUGGAGGGGCUGACCUCCGAAACUGAGAAGCCCGUUAACCGCGACUACAUUGCUGCUUUGAACGCGUUGCCUGUACCGACAUCUAGCAAGUACGAUGUCACUCAGCUGAAGCAAGUGGUUGAACUGGCUAUCUCUCACUCUCACAGCCUUGGGGACGACGACGUGGCCCUGAGCCUCGUUUACUACUGGUCAGACAUCGACGGGGAUGACUUCAAGCUCUCAUUAAUCAACAACAUUGGCUGCGAUGACACCGAUCACAGCCUGGAGCUUGCUUUGAAAACAAUGCUGCGCCAUUCGGUGGAGGAUGCUGCGGUAUGGUACAAAGCGUUCCUAACACGCCGCCCCGCAACUCUCACUCGCAACAACUCAGCUAGUGACUCCAGCCUAUCAUCAGCCAAGUCCGUUGAAAUCGAGCAGCUAGGCCGCACUUUUAAGACUGCUGAUAUCUACCGUGACACGUCUGGGCCUAAACUGGAGGAAGCCUUUAUGAACGGCAAAUCCAACACUGCACCUCUCAAACGGCCUAAAAAGCCGUGCAGAGUCAACGAAAACUCUUUUAAGCGUCGCCGUGAGUGGGAGGCAGAUCCCACGCUGGAUGAGACUUUGCGUGAAAAACGUUCACACUUUUCCAAGGAAGCCGAACCUGAAGCCGUUCUCGCCCGACACAGCUCUGUUCGUCCCACACGGACAACAUCUGACGUCGAUCAUCCAUCGUCCACCCAAAGCCAGCAGUCAGAAGCUGCUGGUGCCGAAGCUGUUGGGGAUCUGGCCACUUCCCCUUCAGUCUCUGCUCUCCCCGAUUCUCAGCAAGUCCUCAGAGAACGGCCGACGAUGAGGGGGAAGGGUCGCCAGCGCCAGGCCGCUAAAGCCAAGCAGCCAGCAUUGCAGAAGACCCCCCACCCCUGUCUUGGGCAAGCGCGCUCGAAUGAUUGGAGCACUGGCUAUGUCCGCCGAAAGAUGCCAAAUUCUAUCGAGCCGCCUGAGAAUAUGGACAACUGCUACACCUGUAAUCAGGGAGGCAACCUGCUCUGCUGCGAUACGUGUGAAAACGCAUUCCACUUCAAAUGCGUAGAACCUGCAGUUGACCCAAAGAAUCCCCCCAAGGGUGAGUGGUAUUGUCCACGCUGCGGUGUGCGCAAUAGCCUCACCACGGUGAUCGCGUACGGGCGCCACAAGAAGCGCAAGACUGAAUUCUCACCCCCGGCGAAUAUCAAGGAGUACUUUGUGGGGGUUGGAGAGGCCGUCCAGUAUGACCCUCACAACCCGACCGACCUGAAGAACCAGCGCUAUUACAUGCCCGUUCCCCACAUACCGCGUCUGACUAAGCCUCCCAAGACGCCUGGCUCAACUCCGGCGUACAACGAUGCGAACCUGCUGAAGCUGAUGGACAACGGGCAUGUCAUCCUUUGCACCAAGUGUGGCCGAUCCUCUAGUGGAGAUCGUCCAAUCAUCCGUUGCGACUACUGUCCCUGCCGCUUCCACCUGGACUGCCUGGACCCGCCCCGCGCGGCUCCCCCUAACCCUUUCAACGGGUGGAUGUGCCCCAACCAUGUCCGGCCGGAUGAGUUUGUGAAGGUCAAGAUGGUUGAUGGUCGUCCUCAAGAGCGCCGGGUGCGGCGUCCCAAGGAUGGCUUGGCUGCUAUUGAUAAUGAGCCAGCACCCUAUGAUGAUGUCAAUGAGAGCACCUUCCACGAGGCCUUCCGCCAGCAGCGCGAUCUUCUUCCGGCUGGAGAUAUGGUUAUGGACUUUAUCUCCCAUGUCAAGAACGAUACCCGCCACCGUGAAUCUGAAUUCUAUGGGGCUGUUGCCAACGUAUGCAUCGACAUGACCAAGAUGAUGGCCGAGGAACGUCUGGGCGACGGACCUCAGGCAGCUAAGCUCAUCGCAGAUCUUGUUCCCAGCAUCCAUGGCAUGAUUGACAACAUCAAAUCUGGCAAAGUGACGGGUGAUGAAUACUCUGCUGCUUCUACUCUCAUCGGACUUUCCAAGGGCGAUGCUGACCCUGUAGUCGGUCACAAUGACCCUCCGGGCUCAACUUCCUCUUCAAACAACGAAUCCGGCCCCAAGGCCGAUAACCCGACCGUUGCCAAAGAAUCUCCAAAUGCUUUUGUGUCUGCUACUCCCGCGCUCGAGAAAAUGACCACAAUCGCCGCAUCCUCCCCAGCCAUCCAAGCUGCCUCUGUCCCGGGAGAAUCCGCGAGCUUGGAUCCUCGUCACCCUUCACCCUCUCCCGUUCGACGAUCUCCAAGAUCUCCCAAGCCGCGGACCCGGACUACCCGGAAUUCCCAGGCUGCUGACCCUGACAAAGAAAUAGGGACUCGCUCUACGUCCAAACCCACCAAGAAGAAGCGACCCCGCGCAGGGUCCGAAGUAUCUGCCAGCGAGGACGAGCGGGCGCAGAAACGUCAUUAUACGAUGAGCGCCCCUCUUUAA